AUGAAAUUCAUUUUAAUACGGGUAAUUUUAGGUCCAAAAAGUUUUUUUUACAGUAUGAAAACUGUGGAUUUUCCGGUUUUUGAUUUCUGAAACCUCUGAAUUCGUAAGUUUUUGACUUUUUUGAUGAGAAAUGAAGGUUUUUUGAGUUUUUGGGUUUAAAAAAUUUAGAAUCUCCUAUGACGUGGCAAGACAAUCGCAUAGAUCAGGUUCGAAAAUUUCCAUUUUCUCGUAAUUUGUUUGGUCAGAAGCUCAAUAAUUGGCAGUUAGCCUAAUAUUUUUUUGCUGCUCGCGCAAAAUUUAUUUUUUCGAUUUUUAUAGUUUGCUCAUAAAAUUUUCCAAUUUGAAAUCUUUUCAGAAAAAAUUCAAAAGAAAAAAAUUGGAUUUUUUGUUGAAAAAAAAAUUUUUUUUCAGGAUUUUUGAUGUCUGGAAUUUUCCCAGCUAUUUAUUUUUAUUUUUUCAAAAAAAAAAUGUGAUUUCUGAGAUAUUUUGAGUUGGCUGAAAUUUACCUGGAAUUUUCGGGAGAUCUCGAAAUUUUCAGAAUUUAAUUUUGGGAUUUUCAGAAUCGCCUUGAAAUUUGGAGCAUUUUGAACCUAAACUUGCUCAUAUUUGGGCUCAAAAUGCUCAGAAUUUUAGAGGGACUCUGAAAUUUUCAAAAUUUAUUCCAAAUUCCCCUGAAAUUCUGCAUUUUUUGAGCCCUAACUCGAGCAAAAUCCAAAUUUUCAUAGUGAUGAUUCUGUGAGCAAAAAAUCAUCAUUUUCCCUUACUCACACGCUGAAAAUGUGCCAAUUAGGCUAACUCAUUUUUGCUCGGGGAAAAAUAAUCCAAAAUUAUUUCCUGAUCAAAUUAUAGUUUGCUCAUUUUGAGCUCGACUAACUUAUAAUUUUUGGAGCAUUUUUCUGUCUGAAAAAAUUAAUUUCAGGUUUUAGAAAAUCAUGAAAACACGUGGAUUUUGAAUUGGAACUAAUUUUUUGAUAUAGCUCAAUGUAGGCUCAAAAUGCUCCAAAUUUCUAGCAGAUUUUAGGAAAUUCAGAAACCUAAAGGGAUUCUGAGCAUUUUGAGCCCAAACAUGAGCAAUCUUGGGCUCAAAAUGCUCCAAAUUUCAAGGCGAUUCUGAAAUUUUCAGAUUUUUGAGCUCAAAUAUUUCCAGAUGUACAUCAAUUUCUUCCACCAUUAUCUUCCACCAAUGUUUGCCACUCUUUCCUAUAUUUUCAACUGCAUCUUCAUCUACGUUGUUCUGAAAUUCUCAAGAAAAACUUUGGGAGCCUAUAAAUAUAUGUUGGCUUGUUUUGGAGUUUUUGAUAUAUGUUAUUCGACUGUCGAUAUUUUGGGUGAGUUUUUGAGCGAAAUUUGGAGCAUUUUGAGCCCAACAAUGCCACGUGGCCGUUAUUUUUGAGUUCCUUAUUGGAUUCGGAGCAUUUUGAGCCCAAAUAUAGUCUAGUUUGGACUCAAAAUGCUCCAAGUUCUAUGAAAAUUUUGGAAAAUUUGAAUUCAUCUUGAAAUCUGGAGCAUUUUGAGCCCAAUUAUGCCACGUGGCAGUCAUUUUUGAAUUCCUUAUGGAAUUCUGAGCAUUUUGAGCCUGAAAAAGCCUAUAAAAGCCUGAAAAAUAGGCCUCGCAAUUUUGAGCCGAAACCAGGCUUGUUUGGGCUCAAAAUGCUCCGAAUUUCAUGAAGAUUCUGGGAAAUUCAGAUUCCUUAUGGAAUUCUGAGCAUUUUGAGCCUAAACAAGCCUACAAAAGCCUGAAAAAUAGGCCUCGCAAUUUUAAGCCGAAACCAGGCUUGUUUGGGCUCAAAAUGCUCCAAAUUCUAUGAAGAUUCCGGAAAAUUCCGUACGGAAUUCUGAGCAUUUUGAGCCUAAACAUGAGCAAUCUUGGGCUCAAAAAGUUCAGAAUUUUAUUUGGAGCAUUUUGAGCCCAAAUAUAGUCUAGUUUGAGCUCAAAAUGCUCCAAAUUAGCUCACGAACCUUAAAAAAUCCCCAAAUUUCCAGUCGGCAUGGGUUCACACUCGGAAAAGAACACAUUCUGCGUGUUCGUCUCUCACGGCCUCUUCUCCGACAAUCUCAAAACCGGUUUCUACGCCUUAUGUGUUCGCUGCAUGUUUUUCAGCCUCAGCUACGGUGUCCUCGAAAUCCACUUCAUCUACAGAUAUAUCGCCCUAAUCAAACCCCGAUUUAUCCCAAUUUUUUCCGACAAAAAAUGGAUUUCGCUGCUGGUUUUUCUGGUUUUUCUCCAGGGUUUCCUGUGGUUUAUCGCCGUUUUUGAGUUUCUCGAAGCCGACGAUGAAAUGAGAAGUUUUCUCGAAAUCCCAUUUCGAAACGAUUAUUCAGUGGAUAUUUAUAAGCUUCCGAUGUUGGGAAGCACUUAUUGGGGAGCAUCGAAUUGGCUCAUUUUGCGCAGUUUAUUGGGCAUUUUUGUUUGUACAGUUAUUUCGUGCUUUACGAUUGGAUUUUGUUGUUGGGUUGGGUGGACGGUGAGCAUUUUGACCUUCGAAAAUUCAGAUUCUCCUAGAAAUUCGGAGCAUUUUGAGCCCAAACAUGACCUAGUUUGGGCCCAAAAUGCUCAGAAUCCCCUGAGAAAUCUGAAUUUCCCAGAAUCCCCUAUAAAUUCUGAGCAUUUUGAGCCCAAACUUGCUCAUUUUUCGGAAAAUUUGAAGACUUUGCAGUUUGAGGUACAGUACACCUUGCAGUCCGGCAUAUCUACCAAGCUACAGUAUACCUUGCAGUUUGAAUACUUUAGAAAGCAAAAUCAACUUUAAUAGACACAAGAAAAGGCCAGACUGCAAGGAUUACUGUAACUCAAAUAUACCCAGCUGCAAAACCUAAACAGGAGCAGGUUUUGGCUCAAAAAAUCUGGAAUUUUUUGGGGAUUCUGAAAAUUUCAGAGAAUUUCAGAAUCCUGCGAAAUUUCUGUAAAAUUUGAGCCCAAGAUUGCUUAUAUUUGGGCUCAAAAUUCUCGAAAUCUUGAGGAUUCUGAAUUUCCUGGAAAUUCUGAACAUUUUGAGCCUAAACUUAGCCUAACUCGCAUCAAACUUCAAACAUUUUUUUGAUCAUUCUAACAUCACUCACACACACACGUGUUUUAUUUGUAAUCAAAUUUAUAAUUGGCAGUUAGCUCUGCUAGCUUAUAAUUCGAUUUUUUCUAGUAAAUGUGUCUAGUUUGCGAGUUAGGGGAAGUAGAAUGCUGAAAAAUGUUGAUCAUCGAGAAAUUUGGAGCAUUUUGAGCCCGAAAUUGCUCAUGUUUCGGCUCAAAAUGCUCCAACUUUCAAGGGGAAUCUGAAUUUUCCAGAAUCUCCUAGAAAUUCUGAGCAUUUUGAGCCCAAACUAGACUAUAUUCAUGCUCAGAAUGCUCCAAAUCCCACGCCAAAUCCAAAUUUCCAGAUCCAUUCAAAGCUGCGGACCAUCGAGAUGAGCAAAACGACCAAAAAAAUGCACCGUAACCUGCUCACCUCAUUAUCGAUCCAAACUUUCAUCCCAUUUGUCAUCAGUUAUUUGCCGUGUGUAGUUUGUUGGACACUUCCAAUGUUACACAUCGAUUCCAAAGGGUACGGUAGAUUUUGGCGCGAAAAUUAAAAAAAAACUGUUCUGCGGGCACCGGGAAUCGAUCCCCUGACCUAUUUGGUGUCAAAAAUCGCAAAUUUUUUUCAGCAUCAACAACUCGACUGCAAUUAUAGCUGUGGCAGCUUUUCCGUUCAUCGAUCCUCUCGCAAUUCUCCUCCUUCUCCCAGAAUACCGUGCAGCGCUGUGGAAUUUGCUGCGAUUUCGAAAUCCCGCCAAAUUUCGAGCACAAAUUGAGCCGGCUUCCGAAACUAAUCGAAAAUCGACGGCUAAUUGA